GUUCAACAGUAGGGGAGGGCAGACGAGCACAGUGGCUUUGCCUGCGAGACUCGCUACAGACAAUCUGCUGGGGCGGAAUAUCCCGUCUUAUCUGUGUCUAGCUGUGUUGUAACGUACCUUUCAAAAUAUCUGUCUUUCCUGGACUCUUGAGGAUUUACGUCGAGGGAUGUCAAAGCGAGUACGAAGCAGAGAGGUCUGCGCUGAUUGCAGUGCCCCGGAGCCACGUUGGGCCUCUGUGAACAGGGGUGUGUUGAUCUGCGAUGAGUGCUGCAGCAUCCAUCGAGGUCUGGGGCGACACAGCUCUCAAGUCCGACAUCUGACUCAUUCUCCGUGGCCAUCCUCCCAGUUACAGAUGGUCCAGACACUGUAUGGCAAUGGAGCCAAUUCCAUAUGGGAGCAUAGUCUUCUGGACCCUUCCUCUUCAGUGAGUGGGAAGCGCAAAGCCAACCCCCAGGACAGAGUUCAUCCCAACAAGACAGAGUUCAUCAAGGCCAAAUAUCAGAUGUUGGCCUAUGUCCAUCGGAUGCCUUGUCGGGAGGAUGACAGUGUAACCGCAAAAGACCUCAGCAAGCAACUCCACUCCAGUGUUCGGACUGGAAACCUGGAGACCUGCCUAAGACUCUUAUCUUUGGGAGCACAGGCCAACUUCUUCCAUCCAGGGGGACAACAGGAGAAAGGAAAUACCCCACUACACAUAGCUGCAAAAGCAGGACAAAUGUUACAAGCAGAACUGUUGGCAGUUUAUGGAGCUGAUCCCGGGGCUCUGGACUCCAGUGGAAAGACCCCCAUUGAUUAUGCAAGACAAGCUGGGCACCAGGAGCUGGCAGAGAGGCUAGUGGAGAUACAGUAUGAACUCACUGACCGGUUAACAUUUUACCUUUGUGGUAGACGACCGGAUCACAGAAACGGACAACACUUCAUCAUCCCCCAAAUGGCAGACAGCAGCCUAGAUUUGUCCGAAUUUGCUAAAGCAGCAAAGAAGAAGCUCCAGUCGCUAAGUAACCAUCAGUUUGAAGAACUGGCGAUGGACGUUUAUGAUGAAGUUGACAGAAGGGAAACAGAUGCAGUGUGGUUAGCCACUCAGAACCACAGCACACUUGUAACAGACACCACAGUUGUGCCUUUUCUGCCUGUCAAUCCAGAGUACUCAUCUACCAGAAACCAGGGUCGUCAAAAAUUGGCACGGUUUAGUGCUCACGAGUUUGCCACCCUGGUCAUCGAUAUUUUAACUGAUGCUAAACGGCGGCAGUGGGGUAAUUCCUGCGAAAGUCCCAAAGAGAAUGUUGAGCUGAUCCUUCAGGGAAUAGACAGUCGCCAUAACAGUGAGAGCCAGGACAAUGACCAGCCAGAUUACGACAGUGUGGCAUCAGAUGAAGAUCCAGUGCAAGAGGCCACCUGUGGAGACAGCUGCAAUGAUAGAAGGACCAAGAGCUCAGAGUCAUCUGACCUUUCCGAUGGACCAAUCACAGUGCAGGAAUUUAUGGAGGUGAAGAGCGCGCUCACUGCAUCAGAAGCCAAAAUACAACAGCUCCUUAAAGUCAACUGUCACCUUAGUGAAGAGCUGCGGUCGAUGCAGAGCAAGCUGAACUCCCUGCAGACUGAAAACACAACACUGCGAUGGCAGACCCCCAGCGGACAACAACACCUCCAGGCCCCUUUCGGUCGACACCCACCGCGUGGAGGUCGAGCCCUGUCCAUGUAUGAGACAGGCUCUAGUCCGAGGCAGUACCCCCACAGAGCCGAAACAACCCGGCACGAGGAUGGAGUCAUAUUACAACCCUUUCCAACCAAUAUUGGGAGGGGUCCUUUGGGGACGGCUGCUUCCUCCCUUCCUACCUUCCCCUCUUCCCUGUCCUGGUCGUGGGAUGAGAGAUCUCGAAGGGGAUGUAGUCUGGAAGGACAGAGUAUCAUGCUGGAGAAUGAUUACGACACAACGCCUAACCACUCUGAACAGGAGGAGACUGGCAGCCCCCCUCCAGUUUCUGAUGCAGUUGAGCCAGGGGAAGAGGGGGAGGAAGAUGCCACCCUGCCAUGCACAGAGGACGUCAUCUGUAAGACCGAGCAGAUCACAAAGAACAUACAGGAGCUUCUGAGAGCUGCCCAGGAGACCAAACAUGAAAGCUUCCUGCCCUGUUCAGAAAAGAUCUGCGUGGCUGUGAAAGAGAUGGCCGCCCUUUUUCCCAAGAGGCCAUCCUCGGAGACUGUGCGAGGGUCUCUGUGUCUGCUCACUUCGAGUGCCAGCCGGCUCCAUGGAGAGUGCCAGAAGGCCGCAGAGCACAACCCCUGCCCGUCGGACAUUCAGCUGGUCACUCAGCAGGUCAUCCAGUGCGCCUAUGACAUUGCCAAAGCUGCCAAGCAACUUGUCACUGUGACAACCAAAGAAAACAACAACUAACAGAAAACCCAAAGACAUUCCUGAUUCACCCAAAAUACAGUUUAUCAACAAUGUUGCUAAUUUAAACUUAAUCAGUAUUAACACCAUUUUUUUUUUUUGGGUUUCCCAUAUUAAUCAGAGUAAGCAUUCACAUACAUUCCUUGUGGUGGGAAAAUCUUUAUAAAAAGAAGAAGACAGUGCAAAAUUAUCGACCAAUCAAAACAUUUAUUUAUUUAGUUGUUUUUGUACCGUGGUAAUAAGUAACAAACAUCUUUAAAGAUGUAGAACACAAUCUGUUACUAUUCUUUACCUCACAAAGAGAGAACAGUUUAUUCCAACACAAUUUCCAAAAAGUGCAAUGUUGUGUGUGUGUGUAUAUAUAAAACAAUUAAAACAACAAGCAGUUGAGCCUUCUACAUUGCACUUUUCUCCAUAGAGGUCAUCAGUUGUGGUCCUUGAUGUUGAGCGUCAGGCUUGGCUGAGCUGCCAGAGACAUCUCGCAUCAAGGAUCAGAAUAGAUAGACCUUAAUCUACACCAGUGACAUCAGUUUUUUUUUUUCCUUUUAGCCGUUUUUAAAUGUUUUUGAGAUGCAAUGACAGUAUUUUAGUCUUGAAUCAUUGUGAUGCCACUUGCUUAGAGUUCAAAUGUUUGUUUAGUAAGCAAACUGUGAUCGAGCACCAUGUAAGGCCAGCAAGUACCGAGAGUGUGCGACCUGUCAUUCCAUCCAGCAGCUCCAGCAGGUGAUUUCACUGUUCAGUCCCUCCGCUCUGGUUUGAACAUGUGUUUAUAAGUAAAGUAUCCGUAGUAUUUGGAGUUAUAAUGUUACAGCCAUACUUCUGUGUGUGUCUGCGUGUGUGUCUGCGUGUGUGUCUGCGUGUGUGUCUGCGUGUGUGUGUGUGUGUGUGUGUGUGUGUGGGAGAGAGAGUAAGAAAAAGAGAUGGCCUCGAUGGCCUGUGUGAAAUCCAUUUUGAAUCAAUUUUAAUAGCAUUAUGCAAAUAUAUAAGAUGUAUGUAUCCAUGUAAUUCUUUAUCAAAAUAACCCAAAUGCUAUUCUAUUUAUAAACUGUAUGUCAUACCUCUAAGAAAAUAUCGAUGUCUAUUUUCAUAAGCUUUUGUUUAACAUGAUGCUCCUCACAGACUAACUUUUUGUUCUGAGGUUUGGGACGUCUCAGCUGGCAAUAAGUUAUAGGCAACCUGUGAUCACUGUUUAUUUGAUGUGGUGCUGUAACUCCAGUGUGUUAGAUGCUGCCUGUGGUCAAAUACGUACAGCUAUGGUUUACAAUCACUGAUAAAGUAAAUGUGCCCUCAAACUUAGAAUACCUGUUUGUAGAACUUGGGUCUAAUGUGUCACUUGUUGUAAGCCAGAUAAGUUUGAACCGGGGGGUGGAAAGAGAAGAAUGCCCUGCACACGUUGAGUGCCGCCAAUUCAAUUCAUGACCUGUGUUUGAAUGUAUUCAAUGAAAAGUAGAACGUAUCUCUUUUGAAGACGGUUAUGAAUGACAGUUACUAGGUCAGCAUGAUAGCAACUGUAACUUUUUCAAUAUAAAUAUGCUUUCCCUUGAGCAAUCUGUCCAAUCCAGUGAUUAUUUCUAAAGUGGCGGAGGUCUUAGGAUGUCAUAGAUAGGUAUUAAAAUUUCCUCAAAUCUGAAAAAAAAAUCAACUGCAUCUCACAGCCUUCAUAUAUAUAUAUAUAUAUAUAUAUAUAUAUAUAUAUAUAUAUAUAUAUAUAUAUAUUUAACUGAACCAGAACCAGUAAUGCAGACUGUCUUGUGAUUAACCAUACAUUCUUUUUUAAUUUACAUUUUCAACUGAUGCAAUCUUCUAAAUGCAAAACUAUAAUUUAUGUAACUAACAGCCACUGUAGUUUAAUGGUAAAUGCUAAAAUGUAGUGUAACAGUACCUCAAGUAGAGACCAGUCACUAUGCUCAUGGUACUGCAACAACUGUGUAGAGCUUGCUACUUAGCUACCAUAAGCCCGUGGUCACACCAGGCUAAGUAAAGCCCUUGAGUGUAUUGAAUUAAGCAAUGGUGCAUUUUAUUGCUUAUGAGUGCAACUUUUCAUUUGUAAGAGAAAAGUUGCAUUAUGACUCUUUAAAUCUUUAUAUCAGACCAAACAUGAUUGGGCUGUGAGCAUUACAUAGGCUACUUAACCUAAUUAAGUAACCUACAAUAAUAUAAUAUAGAAUUAUUGCAAAACUUAAAUGAGAAUAUAGAUUGUAUUUGAUUUUUUUUAAUUUAUGGGUUUAUUUUUAAAACCGUUUAAAAACGAGCUACAGUAAUAAAAGUGCGUGUAUUCAUUAAUCUGUCCAGCCCCGGUUUGAACCCUGACAUUGAAUUACCUGUAACUUAUAGCCUCCCACUGCCUCUGUGGUAGAAAACAAUCCCUGCCUUAGGUAUAAUAAAGUAUAAUUCAUACCUCAA